CUUCUGAAGCCACGUGUACAAAACUUGGGGACGUCCGUGUUACAAAAUGUGUGUGGGACAGUGACAUUAUGUUUGAAACCUGAGGAAAUUAGCGAACUGUGGGCUGAUAUGUAGAAUGAGACAUUCCGCUUUGCGCAGGUCAGAUUAUCGAAGAAUCACAUGACAAGGUGGGAGGAGGACUACCAACUGAUCGACAGUGAGGGCCUCUUCCAAGAGUAUCUGGAGAUGGUUCUCCAGUUCGGCUUCAUCACCAUCUUUGUCGCUGCCUUCCCUCUGGCGCCGCUGUUUGCGCUCCUCAACAACUGGGUGGAGAUCCGACUGGACGCGCAGAAGUUCGUCUGUGAGACGAGGCGCAUCGUGGCGGAGCGCGCAGAGAAUAUCGGCAUCUGGUUUAAGAUCCUGCAUAUGCUGGCACACCUAGCCGUCAUCAGCAAUGCGUUCCUGAUCGCCUUUACGUCCGAGUUCCUGCCCAAACUGCUCUAUCAGUACGAGUACGACUGGAACUUGGUGGGAUACGUCAACUUCACGCUGGCCUAUGCCCCCCCGGGGACUAUGCCCCAGUCAUGUCGGUACCGUGGGCUGAGGGACGAGAAAGGAGACCACACCCCCUUCUUCUGGCGACUGCUAGCUGUAAGACUGGCUUUUGUCAUUGUGUUUGAGGUGUGUAUAAUCUGAGGCUGAAUAUCGGUAAGACUUGGGAGGUAAGCGGAGAGGCCGAAGACAAUUCAUCCAGUUUCUCGGCCAAGGGACCAUAAGUACAUGAACCACUGCAUCAUGAAGUUUAUUAACGCCAUGGAAAAAUGUUAUUUAACCUUAGCGAAAUAUUAAUUUU